CGUCGGCUUAAUUGAUGUUUGUUUUCCUCGCCUCUUUCGUAUUUUCAACUUCUUCGAGCCCGACGCUCGAACACCUCCGCGUGGGUUUCGAUCGGCGAAUCCUUCCGCCGAAACCCUAAUACACGGAUUCAUCGGAGCAAUCUGCAGCCGAGAACAUAAUCGACGGAUUGAUCGCCAACAAUUGCAGAAUCAGAAGAGAAGAGAUCCUUCGCACCAUUCCCAAUCUAUUCCUCUUUUUGUUAUUAUUAUUAUUAUUAUUAUUAUUAUUUACUUGCAUUGUAAUCGCUCCCCUGGACCUGUGACGAAGGAGACUAAUCGCCAUCUUUUUCUGGAGAUAAGAAUUUCAUGUAAGGGAUAUAUUCCGGAGAAGUCUGGAGAUUUUCCGUGCUAGAACAAGUAGAUCUCGUCUUGGAUUUAGGUCUGCUGGUUUCAGGAAGUGAGGAUUUGCAGAUUUUGAUUCAUUUGAUGAUAGGAUUUUGUAAAGGGUCGGGGAGAUGAGUGGGUCUACCUUCCGGAGGGAGGGACGAUGGCUGCAGCGUCAUUGGGUCUUCGGUCGGGAAGCUACGGAUCAUUGCAUCAACAGCUACAGGACGGUGCUUUUCCGGCAACUCAACCAAUCCUACUUCGAAGGGCUGCAAGAUCCUUUUCCGGAGUACGAGAAAGGGAGAAGGUCUUGCCUAGGAUUUACAAGUUUGUUGGGAGGAGGAAGGUCGGAAUUCUACUGAUGCUCAUGAUUUCAGCUGCAUUACUGUCGUUUGUUUCGGUUAUUAGUAGAGAUGAAGAUUCGUUAUUAGGUGCUACAACACAUAUGCAUUCGGAAAAUCCUUCAAGAAAAAGUUUCGACUCCCCAUUUAUUGUUCCACUUGAAGAGUCGUCAACUAGACAUAGUACAAAUCAUAUUUCUCUUCCCUCUCAUCAUGGAACACAACAUCCUUGUGAAAAAUUCCCUGUUCCUUCUCCACCAAUGGAUAAGAGGCACACUGGUCCACGUCCAUGUCCUGUUUGUUACAUUCCCGUAGAGCAGGCUCUGUUUCACAUGCCAUAUUCACCAUCUCCAUCACCUGUCCUUAAGAAUCUACAUUAUUUUUCAGAAGCUAGUUUAAUCUCUUAUGAGCCAAAUGGGGGCUCUAUUUUUGGCGGGCGUCCGUCUUUGAUGCAAAGAAAUGAAUCUUUCACCAUAAAAGAAUCAAUGACCGUGCACUGUGGCUUUGCAAAUGGAAGGAAACCUGGUCAAGGAACUGGAUUCAAUAUUGAUGAUGAUAUCCUUCUCGAAAUGGAAGAAUGCUAUAAUGUUGUAGUAGCCUCUGCUAUAUUUGGAAAUUAUGAUUUAAUGCAACAACCCAAGAACAUUAGUGACCAUACGAAGAAGAAUGCGUGCUUUUACAUGUUUAUUGAUGAAAAAACUGAAGCCUAUAUGAGAAAUUCUAGUGGUCUAGAUGAUUCCAAAAGAGUUGGUCUCUGGAGAGUGGUGCUGGUUCGAAAUCUUCCAUACGAGGAUUCAAGGCGCAAUGGGAAGGUUCCCAAACUUUUGCUCCAUAGGCUUUUCCCAAACGCUCAAUUUUCUAUUUGGAUUGAUGGAAAACUGCAACUCGUUGUGGAUCCCUACCAAAUUCUUGAGAGGUAUACUUGGAUGAAGGUCUUGCCCCCAAUUUUUUUGAGUGGAUUCUUGUGGAGGGAAAACUACACAUUUGCAAUAUCUAGGCACUACAGGCGCUUUGAUGUAUUUGAGGAAGCAGAGGCUAACAAAGCUGCUGGAAAAUACGACAAUGCGUCCAUAGAUUAUCAAAUUGAAUUUUACAAGAAAGAGGGGCUGAUACCUUAUUCUUUAUCUAAGCUUCCAAUUACAAGUGACGUACCAGAGGGAUGCGUGAUCAUCAGAGAACACAUACCGAUUACUGAUCUAUUCACUUGUCUGUGGUUCAAUGAAGUCGAUCGUUUUACCUCCAGGGACCAAAUCAGUUUCAGUACUGUAAGGGAUAAAAUCAUGUCCCAAGUAGAUUGGACGAUUAACAUGUUUAUGGACUGCGAAAGGCGCAACUUUGUUGUUCAGGCAUACCACAGAGACCUGUUGGAACAGCGAAAAGCACUUGCCGCGAUGCACCACCCGGUCCACCCGCCUCCUGCUGCAGUGACACGUGACAAAGACACAAAAGCACCGCCGUUGAGGAAGCUGCCGGGGAAAACGCCCGCGAGGCGUGGUAGGGAUAAGAGAUCCAGUUCACGACGACGCCAUCCGAGAGUCAUCGGUGGAAAUUUAUGACAAUUUUUGUUCGGAUUUAUUCUUUAUAUUUUCGAAAGUUCUUAAAAGAUAGGCAGGACCAAUUAUUCUCGAGUGCAAAUUGCAAUGUUCUAUUAAUUUCGUGAGGAAAUAUUGACAAUUUAACUAUUCGUUGUAAAUAACAAAUUUAUGAAUAAAUCGUCUGCGAAAAUUGAUUAUUUA